AUGGCUGCUCUCCGAUCCCAGGGCGUUGCCCGCAUUCUGCGAAGCGCCGCCGCGCCCCGUCUGGCGGUGCCUAUGACCGCCCAGCGCUUCCAGAGCUCUAUCGCCAAGCACAGCGAGAAGGAAGUUACUGGCACGCCCAGCGACGCCAACCAGCCCGACUUCGACACUCCCCACGACAAGGCUACCUCGACCUUUACCCCCGUACCGAGAACCAUCCAGGACGGCACUGACGAUGUUCGCUCCGCCGCCGUCACCUCCGGCGCUCCCAUGGAGCUUCAGGCUCGUACCGUCAGAAUAUACAAGGAGUCCAAGGCCGCCACGCAGUCUGGAACCUGGAGGGGCCACGAUUGGCGCAUGGACUGGGAUAUUCUUCCCAAGGGCCACCGCUGGGAGAACCCUCUGAUGGGAUGGCAGUCGUCUGGUGACUACAUGCAGGGCACACAUCUCAGCUUCGAGACCAAGGAGGAUGCCAUUCACUUUGCUGAGAAGCAGGGCUACGAGUUCUUCGUGCAGGAGCCGAACACCCGGAAGUUCACCCCCAAGGCUUACGCCAACAACUUCCUCUACAGCGCCCGCAAGCUCAAGCAUAUUCGCACGAAGUAA